AGGCCUCUACACCUUUAUAUAAGCCACUCUCUUUUGAUCACCUCUGCAUAGCUCAAAGCGUUCUUUCUCUCUGCUUGCCUUCAAUUGUUUGCCUGCUACCAAAUUUAUUUGUUGUUCUAAUCAGAUUUCCUUGGGAAUCCUAUGGCUACUGCUGAGGUUGUAUCAGUUCAAACUGCACUUCAUGAGGAGAAAACUGAAGAAUCAAUCAAGGCUCAAGAAACUACAAAAGAGGAGGUAGUAGCUGUAGCUCCUGCAACGGAACCUGUUGCUGAAGAGCCAAAGGAAGCGGAGCCUGAAGCAGCAUCUGAACAACCCGUGGCUCCAGAACCUGAAGCUUCGACCGAAGUUGAAACCAAGGAGGUGGUAGAAGAGGCCAAGGUUGUCACUGAGGAGCCAGAGGUUGAGAAAAAAGAAGAGGACACUCCUAAGGAAACAGUACCGGAGCCAGUAGUUGUCGAGGAAAGCAAGGAGACCACUGAGCAAACUGCUGAAGAAACCGAAGAAACCAAAGAAACUAAGGAGUCUGGCGAAGCGGCAGCAGCAGAACCAGAAGCAGAGGCCCCAGUUGAAGCACCCAAAGAGGACGUUGCUAAGGAAGAAGAAAAACCAGCUGAAGCUGAGGAGAAGGUUGAAACAGAAGCCCCAGCUGAGAAGACUGAGUAACAAGCUUGUGAGAUACAGAUCAAUCAUCAAUGGAAGUCUGUCUAGUGGCUACUGUUAGCUAAGUUUGCAUGUCAAGUUAAUUAGUUUCUAUGUAGUUUCAAUAAGGAUGUUGUAAUGUGGAUGAGGCUGGGGAUCGGGGAAUGGAAAUGACCAACCAAUGAUAACUUGCCAUGUGGCACAGAGUUUUAAAGUUGCAUUGGGGGGGUUUUUAUGCUCAUCUGUUCUCUCUAAGGGAUGGCUCUUGGUCCCAAGCAGGUUGCUUAAAUUUAUUAUUUUGCUUGUUUGUUUAUUAGAAGAGGCCGUAUGCGUGUUGUCUUGAUAAUAAUAAAUCCUAGUAUCUUUUGUUUAACAA